AGGGUGUAUGAGUCAAGACACGGCGCCAAUAGAAUCUUGCAAUCCGGUAACAGCGCCAUGACAUUUUAUUCUCUAUGUCCAAGCGGCGGAUAUUCCUAACCAUCCAAUUGGAGUGGCAUCAUCCGAAACCUAUAAAAGGUGUGACCCCCCCUCCAUUUCCUUCCGAUUCUUCGCAGAACCUCAGCGUCCGCCGACACUUCCAUCGACACUUCCAUCGACACUCCCAUCAACGUUUCCAUCCACGCUUCCGCCGCCCUCACUCGCCCUUCUUCCUCUCUCUCACUUCGCUCACUUCGCUGUCUUCCAGUCUUCCCCUCGCACCCUUCCUUUCCGAGGCGGUGAGUUGUUGGUCGACAACAUGGCCUCGAAGACCUGGUCCAAGAAGUCCAGGUGUCCUCCAGCGACGGGUAGUCCCAACUGGCAAGAGGGAGACAUCGCCUUCCUGAAACCCUCGAACGCAUUCCGCGCCGAGGAUCGCAGGGCCCUGAUCGACCGGACCCCGGAAUAUCCCAAGGGGUAUAUCCCGGUGCAGGCAACGAGCCAUCCCGUAAUCAUCCUCGCGCGGCUUUCACGGGCAUCAACCCACGCGUUGAUCACGACGGUCUCCGCCUACGGCUCUGGGCCGGAGAACCACUACCGUGCCCCGUGGAAGCAGAGGCAGCACCGCGGCAAGGCACGCGCCGACUUCCGCUCCUUCGCCGGCAGCGAGCUGCCCACCGCCACGUCCCCACCGCUCCGCCUCCGUCCCGGGCAGGCGAUGCGCAAGCCGCGCGCCAGCUGGGUGUACGUCCCAAACGCCUGGGUCGUGCCCCUCACCGUCCUCGGCCGCUUCUCCGGCGUCGAGGGCGGCGACGUGGUCGGCAUGACGCCCGAGAGCCUCGGCGAGCUGCGCACGCACAUGGCCGAGAGGUGCGGCGCCUGGUCCGACUGCCAGGCGCGUCUGCUGGCCGCCGAGAAGUCCUGCUCUUCGGGUCCGUCUGCCGCCGUCCUCGCUGUCGCUCCCGCUGCCAACCCCGCCGCUGCGCCGCUCUCCCCCUCCCCCCCCGUCAAACCGCGAUGGCGGGAGAAGGACAAGAAGCCUUGGGAGGUCGACUGGCGCCGCGGGAUUGUCGGAGGGAUGCUUCGCGGCAUGAUCCAGGAUUGUCGGAGGGAUGCCAACUUCGCCCUGUCUUCCGGUCAUCAGGCGUCCGAAGUCCGCGGCGUCGACGGUUCCGGCGGGGCCUUUUCCCUUGUCGGCGGCCGACGGGCGAGGGUCCAGAGUGACCUCAUCCUCGACGGUGACCGGUGACGGCCUGGUCGUCCUCGUUCAUCUUGACCACACCGCGGCUGUUCCAACAACGGCUGCGCUCGACGACGGUUCGGAGCCGGUUUAUGAGCCAC